AUGUACGUAGAUUCCAAAGCUUAUGCACCGUUUGCAUGCACAUUUCUGGUGCAGGAACGGCUACAGCAGUUAUAUAACGGACUUGCUCAAUUCCGAGAGAGUGACCUGGAGAAGAGCGGUGAAGGAGAUAAGCUGAUUGAAACGGUCAGGCAGAUCACCGAGGUUUUGAUUUGGGGAGAGCAGACGAACAAUAGCCAGUUCUUUGAUUUCUUUUGUGAAAAGAGUAUUUUCUCAGAUUUGGUGCAUGUUCUUGGUUUGAAGAAGGCCUCCAAGAAGGUGAAGUUGCAGCUCCUUCAGACUUUAUCCAUGCUGGUCCAGAACAUCCGGAGACAGACGUCUGUCUACUACAUCUUGAGUAACAACCAUGUGAACAGACUCAUGUCCACCAACAUGGAUUUUGAUGACGAGGAGGUGCUGGCGUACUACAUCACGCUGAUGAAGUCGCUUGCCAUGCGACUGGACAACGAGUCCAUCAAGUUUUUCUUCAUCCAGCAUCCAGAGCCAGCUUUCCCUCUUUAUAUCGAAGCAGCCAAGUUCUUCAGCCACAAGGACCACAUGGUUCGAGCAACCGUGCGGACAAUAACCCUGCAGGUCUACAGAAUAGAAGAUCAACCCAUGCGACGCUUUGUGCUGCGCCAUGCUGCAGAGUCAUACUUUAGCCAGCUGGCAUACCACUUGCAAGAUUUGUGGCUCCGACUCAAUGCAGCUGCUGCCAAAGUGACGAGUGAGGAGGAACUCUCAGCAGUCCGUCGAGAGAAUGAAUUACAGCAGGAUCUUCAGAUCUAUUUAUCCGAUGUUUUUGAGUUGGGCAUCGAAGAGCUGAAUGAGGUGCUGGCUGACCGCCUCCUGAAUGGUGCUAUUCUGCCAGUGUUGCUGGCUGGAGUGUCUAACGCUUCACCUCAGCGCUCUGGAAACACAGCAACUUGGCCUGUGUUACUAGUAGCAAGAGUGCUACUAGUAGUAAUGCCAGGAGCCCCUAGUAGCAUCCUUGCUCCUAGUAGUAAGGCCAGGAGCCCCUAA